UUUCCUAAAUAUGCAGAGAUUGUAAACUUGACGUUACCUGAUGGCAGUUGUCGUGCUGGUCAGAUUUUGGAAAUUCAAGGCAAGAGAGCGAUUGUUCAGGUGUUUGAAGGCACAUCAGGUGUUGAUUCCAAAGCAACUCAUGUCGAAUUUACUGGUGAUACCCUAAAGAUUCCCGUAUCGGAAGACAUGUUAGGUCGUAUUUUUAAUGGAUCCGGGAAAGCUAUUGAUAAAGGUCCAAAAGUAUUUGCAGAAGAUUUUUUAGAUAUCAAUGCUGGUCUCGUUAAAAAAGUCGACAAGGGUGUGUUUGAUGAUCAUGAAGACAAUUUCUCUAUUGUAUUUGCGGCUAUGGGUGUGAAUAUGGAAACGGCUCGUUUCUUUAAACAAGACUUUGAAGAGAAUGGCUCUAUAGAGCGUGUCACAUUAUUCUUGAACCUGGCUAAUGAUCCAACCAUUGAAUGUAUUAUUACUCCACGGUUGGCUCUUACUACUGCCGAAUAUUAUGCGUAUCAACUCGAGAAGCACGUUUUGGUCAUUUUAACUGAUAUGAGUUCAUACGCAGAUGCUUUACUACCUGGUCGUCGUGGAUAUCCUGGAUAUAUGUAUACUGAUUUAUCUACUAUAUAUGAACGUGCAGGUCGUGUUGAAGGAAGAAACGGAUAUAUUACAGAGGGUCAAAUCUUCAUUGACCGUCAAUUACAUAAUCGUCAAAUUUAUCCACCAAUUAAUGUUUUGCCAUCUCUUUCUCGAUUGAUGAAAUCUGCAAUUGGCGAAGAUGCUGCCGCCAUGAAGGCAGUAGUAGGAGAAGAGGCUCUUAAUCAAGAAGAUAAACUUUCUUUAGAAUUUUUGGAAAAGUUUGAAAAAACAUAUAUUUCUCAAGGUGCAUAUGAAUCUCGAACAAUUUAUGAAUCAUUAGAUCAAGCAUGGUCGAUUCUUCGUAUUUUCCCUAAAGAAAUGUUGAAUCGUAUACCACAAAAAGUUUUGCAAGAAUUUUAUCAUCGUACUUAUGGUUAUAAGUACGAUGAAGGUGGCUUUCAUGGUGUAAAUGGGGGUAAUGGUCAACGUCCUGGUGACAAUAGAGACCAUCAAAGAGGAUCCUUCAAUGGUCGUAGUGGAAAUGGGCGAAACGGCAAUGGAGUUCAUGUUCCAUCCAACUACCGAAACCAUGAAGAACUCGCCUUCCGAGUUAUGAACGUACAAAGUGAAGCCACAGCAACAGAUUUAAAAGGCCAUUUUAAUUUGUUCGGAUCUGUGUAUAAAGUUGUAAUUGAAACGGCAGAGUACAAUGGGGCUGAUAGAUCAAUUGGAGCUGCACUUGUUUUCUUUAGAGAUGUUACUUUUCAUGGACGAGUUCUAAAAUUGGAGCAUUUUCCGUUAAAAAACAAUAAUACACAUUUUAAGGAUCCCGCUGAUGGUAAACAUAAACUUAAGAAACAUUCUUUUAAUGCAGAAAGCAUUGAAAUGGGUGCGUUCUUGCAACCUGAGACUUUCGUUUCCGAAGCACUAUUUACUGAAAAAGUCAAUUUUAUACUUGAUUACAAGCGACGCACCAUUAAAGUCAUAUUUGUAGUUCAACGUACUCAUACUUUUAAGUUGGAGAUUCAAUUUAAAGAUGUGGACGGAGAAAUUAUUGCUGAAUGCGAUAGAUAUCGAGCUAUUCUUACUGUCUCGAGCAAAUUUCCAGCUAGAUAUUGGUUUCACAACGGUGCACAAAGAAAUAAUAAUAAGUUUAACUGGUGUUACGAUGAUUGCUGGAAAAGAAAAACCGAAAUUCGUGUUGUACCACGAACUGACGAGGAAAAGUCAUUACCUCUACAGCUAAAUAUGCCAGAUAAAAGUGAUAAAAUUGGCAAGUGGCUCGUAUUUAGAAUUACAUUUGACCUUGAUUCUAUAAAAAAUGGCAUAACAGACAUCAAGGAUAUGUUGAUCCAUGCUGGUGAAUACAAUCUAGCAUCAAAGCCUGGUGAAUUUAGAGAUCGUCCAAUUAAGGUUGUCAAGUCUGAUACAUUAGAAAAAUUUUUGGAUAGAUCUACGUUACAGUUCGAUGUCGCCUACAUGAUAGAAAGUAAUAUAUCACAUAGCUUUCUAAACGAAUAUAAUCUUUCAGAAGAUUUCUAUAAAAUUUUGUCACAGCAAUCAUCAGGAAUUGCACUUAGAAUUCUAGAAACUAUAGCAGCUCGUAAAAAACGUGUUUAUGAUCCUCUUACAAUUCUUAAAAAUGAGAUUUUGAAACUUUUGAACGUUGAUGUUAAAGCAAAAUACGUUCCUUCGUACUGUGUAAUGAUGCGAAAAGUGGUCGUUACGCCCACCACCAUGUACAUAUUACCGCCUUCGAUGGAAACUUCAAACCGUGUAAUUAGACAUUUUCAAAAUUGUAAAGAUAAUUUCUUACGUGUUCAAUUCACCGAUGAAGCAUCUGGAAAAGUUGGUGCCAAUUCGGGUAAUGAUGCGUUAUAUAAUAGAGUAUAUCAAACACUCGUUAGCGGUAUUAAGAUUGGUGAUCGACAUUAUGAAUUUCUGGCAUUUUCUUCCAGUCAACUGAGAGAUCACUCUUGCUGGUUUUUCGCUCCAACAGACAAAUUAACAGCAGACGAUAUUCGAAAUUGGAUGGGUGAUUUUUCAGGAAAUUGUGUUGUCGCAAAAUAUGCUGCCCGCAUGGGUCAAUGCUUUUCUAGCACCCGUGCAAUCGCCUACUUACAAGUAGACGAUAUUGAAUUGAUACCAGACAUAUAUAGGGGUAAAUACAAUUUUUCAGAUGGGACUGGGAAAAUUUCAUAUGGAUUAGCAAAAACUAUUGCCCAGAGCUUAGAAUUGAAAAAUACACCUUGUGCUUUUCAAUUCAGACUUGCAGGCUACAAAGGUGUUCUUUGUUUAUCCCGUUAUUUACAGGGAAAUAAAAUUCAAGUAAGGCCUAGCCAAUGCAAAUUUGAAUCUACACAUCAAGUUUUAGAAGUAAUUAGAGGGUCAUGUAUGAUUACUGCCUUCCUCAACCGACAAGCCAUAACCCUAUUAUCUACAUUAGGGGUACCAGAUGAAGUUUUUAUUGAUAUGAAAAAUCAACAGGUGCAAGAAUUAGAUAAAAUGCUUAAAAGCGAUCAUAUGGCGAUGAGUGUUUUACUCAAAAACGCCGAUGAACACGGGAUGACACGUAUAAUGUCUGACCUUGUGAAAGCCGACUUUCUGCAAAGGAAAGAUCCUUUCAUUCUUAACCUUCUUGCGCUAUUUAGAAUUAUGAUGUUAAGAGAUUUGAAGAAAAAAGCAAAAAUUCGUGUUGAUGAUGGAGCUUUUUUGUUAGGAGUAUUAGAUGAAACAAAUUCAUUGAAGGAGAACCAAAUAUAUUGUUGUAAAUCUGAUCCACAAAAUCCCAAUGUAAGACAAGUAAUUAGAGGAACAUGUAUUGUGUAUCGUAAUCCUUGCUUUCAUCCUGGAGAUAUUCGAGUUGUCACUGCUGUGGAGUGUAAAAAUUUAGACUAUCUUGUUGAUGUAGUAGUAUUUCCGGCACAAGGAUUUCGGGAUAUUCCAAGUCAAUGUAGUGGAGGUGAUCUCGAUGGUGAUGAUUUCACACUUGUUCCUAAAAUAAGAAAUUUUGAACCGAUGAAUUAUGAAGCACCAAAACCAGAGAUGGUUGAGCAAGUUACAAUUGAUCAUAUUAAAAAGUUUUUCGUGAACUAUAUUUGUACAGAUCAACUAGGAUCCAUCGCUAACGCACAUUUAGCGAAGGCUGAUAUGGCAGAUAAUGGGGCAUUUCAUGGUCAAUGUAUGCGCCUGGCUCAGCUUCAUUCCGAGGCAGUAGAUUUUCCAAAAACCGAUUUUAUGGAAAAACCUGACAAACCCUCAUACCUUUCUCAGAAAGUCCUAGGAAGACUUUAUCGAUCAAUAGAAGUUUCAGAUUUUAAUCCUUACACAGAAAUUGUUUUUGAUGAUCGAUUGUUAGUUCCGGGAUUUGAAGCGUAUUUGGACGAUGCACGUGAAUGCAAACGUGAUUACGAUUCAGAAGUACGUGGUUUAAUGAAUCAAUAUGGAAUAUUAUCAGAAUAUGAGGGAGCAGAUGGAGCAAAUAUUAUAUCACCAGAAUCUCGUGGUCUUAUGGAGGCCAAAGCAUCAGCGUGGUACUAUGUUACCUAUCAUAAAGACGAAAUUGGAGAUGAUCCAUCUGACCAAAUGAUAUCCUUUCCAUGGGUUAAUCAUGAGAUUUUAUGCCAAAUAGCCAUGAGGAACAGUGGCAAAAAAAGAGCAUUUAACGAUCUUUAUGUUCAGCGAGUUCGUCGAGCUCGUCUAGUUCUUUCAGUUCUUUCAGCUCAUCUAAUUCAUCUAGUUCGAGCUUCAACAACAAUAAUACACAAAGAGAAAAAAAUGACAUCAGUUUCAACUCUUUCGAUUAUGAUUACCUUGAAAGCCAAAGCGAUGGAAUGGAUAGGCUUAUUAGUAGUAUUGCGCGAAGCAAGCAAUCUCGCAUGA